AUGUUGCUGCAGACCAGAUCUAAGCUAGAGUCGCAGGAUCAGAUUCAGAGAUCCGGGACUUCUCGGAGGGCCAGACAGAAGCGCCACGUGCCAGCCAGUCCGAACUUCUUCUUCCGUGGGCGGUCUGGUGUCAAUCCCAGCACAAGAGCUGGUGUGUUCUUGUGGGAGACUUCGUCGGAGAGCUUCUCGGAUGUUAACUCGUUCGAAAGGGCUGAGACGAAUGCAGGCUUCGUGGAGAACGUUACUGUGCUCGCGCCGGGCGUCUAUUACGUGUUCGCGACCAUCGUAGUGCACGGCCGCCGGCCCCGUAACGGGGAGCUCGAGCAGAGCGCCGUCUAUCCGCCGAUGGGCGCGAUGUUGCACCGCCGGAAGUCAGGAGGCGAGGAGGAAGUGUUGGACGUCUCCUUCUGCACCCAGGAUGACAGGGGUGCGGAGUUCGGGUACGGCCUGGGCGACUACCCGCUGGACUCCGUGCAGCUCCGGGGCCUCUACUACCUUGACUUCAGGGACACCAUUUGGGUCACCAAACCCACCAACAUGGAGAAUAACCCCAAGGGCGAGACGUACCAUUCCGAGCAAACUGAUAUGCACUUCGGUGCAUUUAUGGUGGAUAAAGCUGUCUAAAGCCAUAUGUGAACUGUAUGAACCAAUACCAUUUACUUAGGACAACUUUUAUUAAGUAUGAUGUGGUUGUAAAAGAGGUCAUUUCAUCGGCUUUAACUGAAUGCCGGUUGGGUGUUUUGGUUUCGUGUGUGUGUUGAUACUGAUGUUAAUCAGUAUUGUGUACGUUUUAUAAACCCACGAGACCACGGUGGAAACACCAAUCUAAGGGAAGCAAUUCAUAGUAAGCACACUGGCUAACAUUUCAUGCAUGGAUACAAUUGUAAACUAAAUCAGUUAAUCAAAAUGUGUUUACGAUUUAUAUUGAUUGUUUUGUUUUACUCGUUUAUGAUGUUGUUGGUGGUGUUUAAAUUCUACUUCCGAUGUAGCAUUUGUUGUUAUUGUUUUUUGAUGUGAAAAGUAUUAUUAUUAGGAGGUUUAAUUUGCUUUUGCAUCAUACAUGCUUCGCAAACUUUAUAAUCCGAUCGCACGUGUUUUUUAAUGCAUUGUUAUUUUCUGGCUUCAUUUACACGAGUGAAGUUUAACAACACUUUCAGUGCAAAUGGGACAUGCCAACAUAGCUGCAAAACAUGUCGAUAAUAAAAAUGUCUUCAUAUACAUGUUAAUGUAGUUCAUUCAGGUGUAAAUUGUACAGCAUGUGUUUAUUUUUGAUAUUAAUUAUGAGAUUAAUAAAUUAUUGACAUUUC